AGUUCGACGCUCGACGACGCUCACGCCGGUUCUAUUUAGACGCUUGAUCUGGCAGACGGAAAAACACGUGACAAGCGAUUUUUUUUUCGACAUAUUGUCAAAUAUCGUUUGGUAUUCGAAGUGAAAUUUUGAUACGAGGGAGUGUCAAAAUUUUGUGUCGAUUUCGUUAUAGGAUGUUUUGAUUCAAAAAGUGUUAUGUGAGUGAAUUUCCUUUAUAUACUAUGAAGCUGGACAGGUCUCUAAAUAUCACAAUUUUCAUUAUUUUGAUUGUUUCAGUAAAUGUUGGCAUCGGAGUUAGAAUAAAUCGACUAGAAGUGCCAGAAGUGACUAGACAUGGUAGUCCGGUGAUAUUAGAUUGUGAUUUUUCAUUAGAAGCCAAUGACCAGGACUUAGUAGUAAAAUGGUUCUUCAACAAGACUUUAGUAUACCAGUGGAUUCCAGGUACAAAGAAACGACCACAAGGCUUGGGAAUACUUAAAGAUCGGUUGAAUCUUGAAUAUGCCGCCAGUGUAGACGCCAACAGUAUUCAUAGGGCGUUACAUAUUUUGAAAGCCGGACCUGAUCUCUCUGGAGACUACACGUGUUCGGUGUCGACGCUUCAGAGCGAAGAUAUCGAGACUAAAAGUAUGCUAGUUUUAGUUUCAGGCAAAGAACUGAUAUUGAGAAAACUAAGUGCCGAAGAAGGUAUGAUAAAGGUCCAGUGUUUGGCAGAAGGUGUUUAUCCCAUGCCGUUAAUUAUUUUAGAUUCACGUGUAAGGAAUAUUACUGAAACAGAUAUAAUAUCAAGAAGAAAAGGGCAGUUGUUCGAGGUAUCGGCAAUAGUAACGUUGCCCGCUCUAGAAGUCCCCGAAGUGUUUUCCUGUAAGCUUCUCAUCCCCCAAGCGAAUUAUACAACCCGAAGGGAAAUUGUAUUUUAUCCAGGCAACAGCGGCAAUCUGAAUUCAAAUCGAGUAUGGUUCACCGUAGCCGCCUAUUUGAUAAGUACAACGCUCGGUUUCACCAUCACCUAUAUAGGCUGCUAAAACUAGAUCAAUAACUAAAUCAAUGGGAUUUUCGUAAUAUUUGAAUGUGCAAUCUUUGAAGGGACUCAUAUUGACAAAAAAACUUAUAGAAAUAAAUGUCUCAUAUGUUUAUUAGGUACAAAAGUUUUAUAAAAAUUUGAAGAGGCUUUCUGAUAUGUCCAUGCUGAUGAAAUUCAUCAAAAAUAAUUCAAAUUGAGCAUGAUCGACGAUUACGGAGGAAAAAUUGAAGUUGUAGUAAAAAAUCAACUAAUAAAUAUAUUUGUUUCCAAAAACGAGUACUGAAAGAUACAGGGCAUAAACUGAAUAGUAAUUAUUGUGAGUUCAACAAAAAAUAUGAAGGAAAAAGUUUGAUCUCCAAGUACAAUCUUACUAUUUGCAAUUAACAUAUUUCCUAUUCAUUUCAUUCCAUUCAUUCCAUAUUAUUUUUAUAUUAUAACUCGUUUUGUAUCAAUUUUCUGCCAUUCUAUAUAGUGUAGUAACUAAAUAUUUAUUAUCUGAUAUUAUAUCGAAUUUUCCAAGCAGGUAUACAAGAACAACAUCUUCAUAACAAAUUGCUCCAAGUUUUCGAAUCUGUAUUACCCCAUUAUUAAAUAACUCCCGAAGCUAUCAAAUAUACCUAAUCGUAGUUUUAAAGUUUCCGAAAACCACUUAGAGCUCAAAAUCAUUUUUGUUUCAUCUAAAACCAUUUAGAAAAUCGAUUAGUUCCGAUUCCAGAAUUUUUUAUGUGGAUUAAUUAUUCGUAAUAAAAAUAUUGUAUGCAAUUCGAGUGUAAAGGCUUUAUGUGGAUUAAGUCAAAAAAAGCCUACUUCGCCUACUUGUUAUAUAGAUAACUAUUUUAAAGAGGUGACUGCACUAAAAAAUAAAAAAAAUAUAAUUUUUAUUUUUUAUCAUAUAAUUUGGGUUUCGGAAAAAACAGAAAAAGUUUUCGGAAAUUAGUGAUCGAUACCUCAAUUAGAAUAUUCCUAGUUGUAAUGAAGUAUAAAAAUUUUUCUUUAUAACUAAUUGUAGAAAUGAUCGUCGAGAAGUUAUUUACUUAAAGAAAACUUUUCCUAUUAGUUAUUAUAAGUAUGUUCGUGCUGUAUACAAGUUUCAAAAAUCCUCUUCAACUUCCACAACUUCAAAUUUUAUUUCUGGAAGUUUAUUUAAUAACACUAUAUACGUAAUACGAUAGUUCGAAAAAGCACAGAACUGAAAAUAGUUUUGAAAUAUUUGGGUGUAUAUAUUAUGAAAUUACAGAUUUUUAUAACAAUAUUUUGUUGAUACUGUAAAAGCUUCUUAAUUAUAUUUUUAAAAUUAUUAAAGAAUUUAUUUAACAAUCUCUAUUUAUUAUUAUUAUUAUUGAAAACCUUUGGAAAUGUAAUAGUAAUUGUACACUUUCGCGGUCACCUGGUUUUUUGGCUCUAGAAAAUCGAAAAAUGGAUGGAUUUUAAUGAUCUUGGUCUUAAAGUGUUCCAUUUUACGGCGGAUUUAUAAAAAAAAGUACGAAAAUUGAAAAAAAUAAAUAUUUUUUACAGUUUCAUGACUUUAAAUGCAAAAAAAAUGACUUUCUACAUAUAAUCCUUCGUAACUGUUUCUGACGUCGUGGAAUCAAGUUCGUAUAUUUUUUUUCGCAAUUUACAUGAAAAAAUGAAUAUUUUGAAAAAAAAAAUUUCAAAAACGUUAAUUUUUUUGAAUAAUUGUGAGUUGUGGGAUUUUGUCAAUAAUAAAUUGAAAUAUAUUGACAAUGAGUUGCAACAAUUGUGAAUUGAAUACAUUUGAAGCACUUACAAUAUUCAGUGAUACAAAACAUCCUAACCUAACCUAACCUAACUUAACCUAACCUAACCUAACCUAACCUAACCAAAAUUAUAAAAUUUAUCUAUCUAUCUAACCAAAAGCUAUUAACAUUGAAGAAAAUAGUACGAAACUAUUCACGAAAAUUGAUUGUUUUUCAUCGAUUUCAUUUUAAGCUAUAAAAACUGAAAAAAUCAUUCUUUUUGGAUUUUUUUUUUAAAUUGUUUAUUGUAAAGGAUUAUUUUGCAAAACCGUUUUUUACGAUUUAAAACAGUAAAACUAUCAUAAAUUUUUAUUCCAGCUAUUUCUACUAUUUUUUUUUAUAAAUCCGCCGUAAAAUGAAACUUUUUGAGACCAAGAUCAUUAAAAUCCAUCCAUUUUUCGAUUUUCUAGAGCCAAAAAACCAGGCGACCGUGAAAGUGUAUAAUUAUCAAUGUAAUUAUCAUUUAUUUAUAUUUCAGAACGAAUAUUUUGUGUAGAUAAUUAAGAAUAAUUGUUGAAUCAAUUCACAGAUCAUAAUUUAUUAUAUAUUUUUAAAGAUAUACCUAAAAAAUUUGUUUCCUUAUAGAGAUUGAUGAUUGUAAAUAAUAUUAUUAAUAUCUUAUCAUUUCUUAUAAAAAAUAUGUCAUGUAUGAUGGAAAUUAAUGUUUAUAAUAAAACCUAUUUGUGAUAAAUUCUAUUCUAUUCAUGUUGUAUGAAAUAUUUCCUAAUAAUUUAUUGUAUGUUGAGCGUUGUAAAUAUAAAGUAGCUUCAAUAAACAUCUGAAUUUUU